UUGGUAUUUUUUUAUUGUUGUUUUGUUUUGGGCUUUUUUUUUGUAGGUUAAAAAACCCACCAGUUGCUUAAAAUGGUUAAUAACAAAUCGGAAUGCUGAUUUGUCAGAUAGGUUAUAUUGCAGAACCAGCUGACAGGUCGUGCUUAACCGAUGUGUGAAGCACAAGCUGCAGCUCUAAAAUCUGAAUAAAGCUUGUGUAAUAUUUCCAUGUCUUCACUGGAAAUUGUGUAUGUUUAAAAACUCUGCCGAGGAAAGCCAAAACCUAAAGCACAGGAUAACUCUUGGUUUGCAUAUGUGUCACAUGUUCCUAUGAAUAAAUAAAUAAUAAAAAAAUGUAAGUUAAAAAAAGUUUUGGUAAUGCCAUUGGCAUAUAUGAGAGAUCCUAGUUUCUGUUAGAUGAAUUGAGGUCAGAUUUUAUAUAUAUAUAUAUAUUUAAUAUAUUUUGCUUCUCUAAGACAGACUGUUCUAACCUGUGAGAAAGGGAAAAUUCAGAGAAGAAAGGAGAUGCAGGAAAAACAUUCAAUGUGUUUUUGAGGACUUAAUAUGGAGUGCUGAGUGUCGUGUACGCUGUAGUUUAUUUGGGUAUCAUAAUGAAACUCAAAAACAUCUUAAAAAGAGGUUUCCAUGGCCAUUCUUGAAACUUUAGAUACUUUGUGCAUUGUUGUUUUUUAUAAACUGUUAGAACAAUCCUUGAGGUGCAAUUCAGGAUGUAACAUAUUUUAAAGCAGAAGCUCCAGCUCCCCGUUGUUGCCUAUCAUCUUUAAUGUUAUCUUUUAACUUCCUGCUCUGCAGUAAGUAUUUAAUGAAGAUAAUAUUUUUGUGUUUUAAAGAAUAGCAACAUGUAUUUUACAGAAAGUGUAGGUGGGAAAUAAUCUAAACCUCCUGGACAUUGUAAUCCUAGUUUUGCAAUCCAGGGAUUUACACAGCCUCAUAUUUUCAGCAGAAAUAGCUUGACAGUAUUGGAUGAAAUAGCUUUGGGUCUAGGCCUUGUAUUUGGUGCUUCUGCAUCUCCUGUCAAGUAACCCAGCAGCGUGCUUCUAGGGUGGUUUGUGCUUUCUUUCUGUCCCACUCUCUUUCUCCCACUCUGUCAUUCACUGAAAAUGUUAAUGUUGUUAUACAGAAAAUGUCCAAUGAUUUCCCCUCUAAUUUUGCAGUUAACCUUGGACCUUUUGACAGUAUGUGUAUUGGUUUAGUUAGUUCUUUUUAAUUACUGAAAAGUUUAAAGGGAAGCAUUAUCAGCAUACAUAAAAAUAUAUAUUUAGUCACUUUUUUCCUCCUAAAUCAGCCUUUGCAUUCCAUUCCUGUGUGACCACCUAGAACAAAAGCAGUCCAGUGGAGUCAUGAGCUGCUGUCAGAGAUUCUGAAGGACCUGGAUGAUUACUAUGAGAAAUUUAAGCGGGAGACUGAUGCUGUGCAGAAGAGAAGAAUGUUGCACUGCAUACAGAGAGCCUUGAUUCGGAGUCAGGAACUGGGGGACGAGAAGAUCCAAAUCGUCAGUCAGAUGGUGGAGCUGGUUGAGAACAGAACAAGGCAAGUGGACAGCCACGUGGAGCUGUUUGAGACUUGCCAAGAGACUAAUGACACCACUGGAAACAGCGGGAAAGCCAGCCAGGAUAAGUCGAAGAAUGAGACAAUCGCACAGGCUGAAAAGCCCAACAACAAGAGAUCGAGGAGGCAGCGGAAUAAUGAGAAUCGAGAGAAUGCCUCAAAUAAUCAUGAUCACGAUGACAUCACCUCAGGAACACCAAAGGAGAAGAAAGCAAAAACAUCCAAGAAGAAGAAACGAUCCAAGGCUAAAGCAGAGCGGGAAGCUUCUCCUCCUGACCUUCCUAUUGACCCUAAUGAGCCAACAUACUGCUUGUGCAACCAGGUCUCCUAUGGAGAAAUGAUAGGAUGUGAUAAUGAUGAGUGCCCCAUUGAAUGGUUUCACUUUUCUUGUGUGGGACUCAACCAUAAACCAAAGGGCAAAUGGUACUGCCCCAAAUGUAGAGGAGAAAAUGAGAAAACUAUGGACAAGGCGUUGGAGAAAUCUAAAAAAGAAAGGGCAUACAACAGGUAGUUUGUGGACUUUUCAUAGUGAAGGAAAAAACCCACCAAACCAGUGUAUUUAUUGUCAGUGUCACCUUUGUUGAGGUGAAAGGAUUGUAAAAUGUAUAUUUUUAAAGGAGGUUUAAAACUGAACCAUUCCUGUUACAGGGACGGCAAUAAGAAAUUUUGGGUUUCAUUUGGUAAGCUGUAACAAGAAUGUGGUCUGUGGACCAAUGUAUUCCAAAAGUAAAAUUAUAAGAAUAUUCGGGUGUUUCUUAAAAGAUAAAUUAAUAAUUUUCUUUAUUUCUUUUCUUCUUUUUUUUUCUUUUUAUUUUCUUUUUUUUUUUUUUUUAGUGCUGGUAGCACUCUACCCAUUAAAAUUUUGACAAAUAUUUCUUGAAAUGUAAUUUUGUUUUCCUUAAUGAAAAAUGUUAUUUACCUUUUGAGUAAAAUUGAUAAAUAGUUUAACCACCUGGCUGUAUCUGAAUAAAGCUGCAAUACAUUGCAAAAGUAACUUCUUUUGGUGAUAAGCAAGAACAAACAAAAGGAGGGUAAAAUUUGGUUCCUGCUACAAAGUGUCAGUAUAACAGUUCAAUAGCAAAUGUUUAAAUAGGCUUAGAGGAUUAUUUUUUAAAACAAAAAGUUAAUGGUUAAAUUUUAAACAACAAAUAUUUUAUAUGCUGGCCAGGUACCACAAAGGCCAUUUUUAAAUGAUUGAAUAUGUUUUGUAUUUAACCAGGAAGUGGUUUAGUAAUGAGACAUAACAUAAAUGAAGCUUUAUACUGUCACAGAUAGUGGUGUAGCAAUCCUUAAUUUGUUUAAGUUGUAUAAAUGUACAUUUUAAGUGGAGUUGCACUUACUGUAUUAUACUUGGAAAUGCAGCCAAAUGCCAUUGUGUAACCAAUGUGCAUUUCCUGCUGUAUGUAUGAAAAUUGUACAGAUGUGAUAUUAAGAAAUAAAUGAAA